GCAAUGUAAACAGUUCGUUUUUUCGAACAGAUUGGUCUUCGAUGGUUCUGCUACCAGAAAGCGCUCGACAACUAUGACGUACUUUGAUUCUUAUCAUAACCGAUCACCGCGCAUAAGUACGUGAUUGGGCCUCGCAACGAUUACUUUACGUGUCUUCUUCAUGAAGAAAGUGUUCAAACUCUAUUCACAGUCGUCUUGACGUGACCUUUUCUGUUUGCCUGAUAUAUCUCGCUUUCGGAUAUUGUCGAUAUCAUGUGAGUACCAAUAAUUUCAAACAGUCGCUCGUCGAACACACAGAAUACAUAUCGAAACGUGUCUCUUUCAGAUAUCAGCAAUUAGUCGAAGAAAAGAAAUAAAGUUUUGCGGUUACGCAGACAAAUUAUUGCACCAAGCAAAUUGAAAAGAACAGAAUGUCAAUUAAUAGUGAAUCGAUAAAGAGAAACCGGAACAGUCUUUAGAAGGCGAUCCGUGCGACAAACGUUAGAAAAAGGAAGAAACAUUGAAAAGUAUAAGUGUAUUUUAUCGACGUAAUAUCUGCAAACAAAACUUCUGUCUGAAGAUGGAUAUGACAGAUAUCGACGAGAUCUCUAGACUUAAUAAUACAUAUAAAUGGAGCAAUUGCAACUACCAAAGCAGCGAUUUGGAUGAUAUGCCACUGAAGAGCCGCAUACAACGUCUUCAACCUAACAAACAAGAAAGAACCAAUAUUAUGCAGCCAGGACCGUACUUGAAGAGUAAUUUGUGCGGCAAACAUUCCACCAAGGAGAGCAGCACUAAAAAGUACUUCAAAAUUCCGAAACAAUGCAAAAUUUGCAAACAAUACUUUCGCGAAAUACAUGAGUUGUAUGAUCACUACGAGAAGGACCACAAAUAUCACUUCUACAAAUGUAAAUAUUGCAACUACAAAACCAAAUAUAAGGCAAACUUAAAAAGACACGAGGAAGCACACAUAAAGAAAAACCGAGGAACCGCAGCUACAAGUGUACUAAGCCCGGCUGUAACAAGAUGUAUAAAGAUAAGUAUACUUUGAUGAUUCACAUGACAUAUAACCAUAAAAAUAAGAAGGAAAGCAAUACUAUGGAACCGGGACCGUCCUCAGUGAGUAAUCUAUACGGCAAACUUUUCAGCAGAACGAAAAAUGAAAAGCACAAAGUUUCUAGACAUUGCAGAAUCUGUGGUCUAAUUUUCCGUAAUAAACAUAUGUUAAUAGAUCACUCAAUGACGGUUCACCACCAUUCCGUGUACAUAUGUGAAGAGAAAACAUGCAAUUACGAAACGAACGUACUGCGAGACAUGCAAAGGCAUUUUAUAAUAAAGCACAUGAAUAAUAAAAAUUAAGUAUGUAGUGAGACUGGCUGUAACUGGGUGAGAAAAGAUUAGGAGUAACUAAGACAAUACGUACGAUGCGUUCACUCUGACAAAUAAAAGAAAAGCAGUAUUGAGGACCCAAGGCUGUCCUCAGAGAGUGACCUGUACGGCAAACAUUUCGGAAGAAGCCCCAGCAUUGAGAAGCCCCUAAAUAUACCUCAGAAAUGCAAAAUCUGCAACGGAAUGACUCUUUCUAAGCAAAAGUGGAAAAAAUACCUCAUAGAUCUUUACAAACAAUCCAUCUGCAACUGCCGCUAUGGUUAACUACGUAUUUAACAAAGACAAUAACUUGCGAAGACACAAUGUACGAAAUCACACGGACAAUUAUGACUAAAAGUGUACUGAGCCUGUCUGUAACAUGAAGUAUAAAUAGUAGACGGAUCUGAAGACACACAUACAAUCGUCCUGUCAAUCAGAAGAAAAACAAAAGUGCGAACCCGUGGAAGUCUUUCGAGAACGACCCAUGCGGCAAACAUUCCAAAAGAGGGAGCAGCAUUGAAAAGCGCGUAAAUGUGCCUCAGCAGUGCAAAAUUUGCAACCCAGGUUUCGAUAGGAAGAGAGAGUUGACACAUCAUCUCUGAGAAGAUCAAAGGAUAUCGCACAUGCAUCUGCAACGAUUGCAAUUACAUAUCUAACUAAAUUAAACAACACUUGAUACGUGACGUUGUAUGAAAACACAUUGGCAAUUACGACCAUGUGUGUAAUAAGAAUGGCUGCUAGAAGAAAUUCAAACAGGAGCAGGAACGGAAUAAGUAGAUACAAUAUGAUCAACAUAUAUGCUCAAUCAUAUAUAUAUUAAACGAACACAUACACACAAUAUCCGUGUAUAGUAAAUAUCCCUUGUCGUAUCUUUUUCUAAAAUUAUAUUUUUAACCUUUUUUAAAUUGUAUUUUUAUUCCUGGACAUCUAUUUGCACUAAUUCUAUAUCUUCUAUAUAUUCUUACAUACGCGCGCUCGCGCGUAUAUCUGUGUAUACCCGCAUACAUGCACACACAUGCUCGCACCCAAUUUGCUCUGAGGAAUGUUAAGACCGGUACAUAGGGAAGAAUUCGAGAAUGAUUAUAUAACGAAUGUAAACGUGACGUAUGAUGUUAUAAACAUAUAUUCUGCUU